AUGCAACACCGAGGGCCCAGCGGGGUGAACCAGCUCGGGGGGCUCUUCCUGAACGGGCGCCCCCUCCCCACGUGCAAGAGGCAGAGAAUCAUCGCGCUGGCGGCGAGCGGCGCCCGCAGCUCCGACAUCUCCCGCAGCCUCAAGGUGUCCAACGGCUGCGUCAGCAAAAUCCUGGGCCGCUACUACCGCACGGGGGCCGUGGGGCCCAAGGCGGCGGGGGGCAGCAAGCCCCGCACGGCCACCCCCGCCGUGGUGGCCAGGAUCGCGCGGCUGAAGCUGGAGCAGCCCGGGCUCUUCGCCUGGCAGAUCCGCCGGCAGCUGCACGCCGAGGGAAUCUGUGCCGGCAGCGGCAUCCCCAGCGUCUCCUCCAUCAACCGCGUGCUCAGGACCCUGCCCAGCGACCUCCGGCUGGCGGCCGAGCCCCAGGACCCGCGGGGGUCCCCUCCGGCCGCGCCCCCCGGCCCGCAGCCCCCGCAGGGCCCCGGGCAGCGGAGCGGGGGCAGGAACCGCACCGUGUUCUCCAGGCAGCAGGCGGAGGCUCUGGAGGAAGCGUUCCGGAGGGGACAGUACCCGGACAGCGCCACCCGCGAGCGCCUGGCCGCGGCCACCCGCCUGCCCGACAGCACCAUCAGGGUCUGGUUCUCGAACCGCCGAGCCAAGUGGCGACGGGAGAGCAAGCGGCAGCUGGAGACGGGCGGCGCAGGCUCCUGGUGCGAGUGGAUCCCGCCCGCUGUCGGUGCCGCCGCCGCCGCCGCCGCACGGCCCCUCCCGGACCCCCCCGCGGGCUCGGCGCAGCCCCUGCACGGCCUCGACCCCCAGCCGCGCCCGCCGGCCCCGCUGCACCUCUGCGCCUCCGGGCCCUGCGCCUGGGACGACGCUUGCUGCGGUCUGGCUCCCGGCGGGACCCCCGCUCCAGCGCCCUGGCAGCCCCUGGAGAGCGCCCGCUUCGCCCUGCUGCCCCCCGGGCUGCCCCCGCUGCCAGCCUGGGGCCUGGAGCCGCGCUGA